AUGUUUAAUUUCACCAAAAAUUAUUUAAACGCAAAUGUUCGUUUAUUGCUGUAUUAUGGAGAUGUUGAUGGAGUUUGCAAUUUUUUGAUAGGCCAAAAAUUUUCUAGACAGCUUGGAUUUAAUUUAAAAACACCCAAACAAGCGUGGAUAGUAGAUAAACAAAUUGCCGGAUUUAAAACUGAAUAUGAUGGAGGGGUGACUUUUACUACAAGUAAAGGAAAACUUUUUGAAGUUCCUCAAACAAAUCCUAAAGAAGCGUUGUAUAUGUUUAAACAAUUUUUGGAUGAUAAACCUCUUUAA